AUGGAGACAACAGCAGCAUCUCGCUUUCCCGACCGCCCACAAUUUUCCGGAUUUAUGAAGCCGUGCCGUGUAGAAGGCAAUGUCGAACAUCUUGAAGUACUCGGUGAGAUUCCGAAGAACAUCGAUGGAACAUUUUAUCGAGUCAUGCCCGACCCCCAGCUGCCGCCAUACAUUCAAGACGACCCGUGGUUUAACGGCGAUGGGAAUAUCAGUGCGUUCAAAAUCAAGGAUGGAAAGUAUCGCAACAAGUUUACGGAUGCAGUUGAGUUCAAAGUGCGUAGCACGGCAAACACCAACGUUGUUUUCUUCAACGGCCAACUUCUUGCUCUCAAAGAGGAUUCUCCUCCCUAUGCACUUGACCCAACUACCCUGGAAACCAAAGGGCUACAUACUUUUGGAGGUCUCUUAUCCAGUCUGACCUUCACUGCCCAUCCUAAAUUUGACCCAAAGACCGGAGAGAUGAUCUGUUUCGGGUAUGAGGCAAAGGGUGAUGGGACCCCUGACAUUUGUUAUUAUAAUGUCACGCCGGCCGGUGAAUUCAGCCAGACCCUUUGGCUUGUCGCACCUGUGGUAGCCAUGAUCCAUGACUUUGCUGUCACAGACAACUGGGUUCUAUUCCCCUUGAUUCCGCAACUUUGCGACAUCGACCGACUCAAACAAGGGGGAGAGCACUGGCAGUGGAGCGCGGACACACCAUUCUACGUUGGCCUUCUCCCUCGCAGAGGAGCGAUACCUUCGGACGUCAAGUGGUUCCAGUAUAAGAAUUCCUUCCCAGGUCAUACCGCGAACGCAUACGAGGAUGAUGAAGGUCAAGUUGUGUUCGACGUAGGCUUGAGCGAGAAAAAUGUAUUUUUCUGGUGGCCGGACUCUCAAGGAAAUGCGCCCGCACCCAGCUCCAUUCAUUCCCAGCUCACUCGAUUCAUAAUCAACCCCCGCUCGAAUAAUCUAGAACUAGAUUACCCAGAGGUUCUACACUCCGGCAACUCUGAAUUCUAUCGUAUUGACGACCGUUUUGCGACUCGGAAGUACCGACACUGCUUUUUCAACUCGAUGAUUCCCGAACUUGGGACCGACUUUCCCAAAAUCGCACCCAAGCUGGGCGGGGGAUAUCCGUUGUAUAACUCCCUCACACAUUACGAUAUCAUGACGGGAAAUUCAGAUGUAUAUUGUCCCGGUACAACCCAUAUGGUCCAGGAGCCGGUUUUCAUCCCACGAAAGGGGUCAACAGAGGAAGCGGAUGGUUAUAUCCUGGUUUUGGUGAACAACUAUGACACGAUGAACAGUGAACUUCAUCUGCUAGACACCAAGUCUUUUGAAAGGCCACAGGCAGUUAUUCUACUCCCUCUUCGUCUUCGGCAGGGCCUUCACGGGAACUGGGUCGAUGCAGAUGAUUUGCGAAGCAGCGGAGAAUGGCCAGAGAGGGUUGUCACAGGCACCGAUGAUUGA